AUGUCUUGCCUACGAAUGUUAUGUUUUGGUGAUAAUAUGGAUCAUCAGCUGGGAGUUCAUACUUCAACAGAUUUUGCUCGGAAGAAUGUAAUUCUCUCAGCAAUGCAUCCAUCAUCGCUUCGGAUGGCUGGUAGUCAAUUAAUAGAGCAUGAUCAUAAUUCAUUUUGGACGCGGGAAGAACAAGAAAAAUGUAAAGUCCAUGUUAUGAAUACUACCAAAGUUUUUAAUGGACAAACCAUUCGGAAAGUAAUAUGUGCCAGUAAUAGAACAUUUUUCAUUACAGAUUCAUUUAAGGUGUAUUGUUGCGGAUUGAACGAUUUUAAUGUCUUGCCAGUUUCUGGAAACACAACAAGAACCACAAAUGCUUUUGAAAACUCGAAUAAUGAUGGUCAUAAUAUUACAACGAAUUCCAAUCCAAGUAAUACUACCAUCAACAAUACCUCACAUUUUAGGUUAAAUCAAACGAAAAAUCGGAAAACACACAUCACGACACCAACUCUCUGUGACCUACUCGAAGAAGACAUUGUAGAUAUUAGUUGUGGAAUAUUUUACAACAUUUUUAUUUGUAGAAGAACUCUUACCAUGUAUGCAUGUGGAAAUAAUAGCUAUGGACAGUGCUCUCAGCCCGUCGAACAAGGUUUACAAAAAUCAAUUAGAAUUCCACAACUUGUAGAUUUAUCCUUGUUAAAGCCAACCAGUAAGGAAAUUAUUCAAGUGAGUUGUGGAUUCAAUCAUACUCUCUUGUUGACCAAUGAUAAGAGAGUUUACAUUUCUGGCUCGCCAGAAAAUGGAAAACUUGGCUUUGAUCCUACCGAUAACGCCGUACAGGACAUGUUAGUGGAUGGCGUUGUGAGCAAUUUAAAUUUACUUUCUUGCAAGAAACUUGACUCGAAAACAGUGCAGGUAGAAGCUGGAGCCAAUUGGUCCCUCUUCCUAACACAAGAAGGACAUGUCUAUUUCUGUGGCCAGAGCAAGCUAUUUGUUGACCAAGUCUUUACACCAACCAUUGUGACGACGGUGAAACCUGUUUCAAAAAUUGCAUCAGGAAAUUAUCAUGGUUUCUUUGUGUUCCGUGAUGGCCAAACAGAGUGUGGUUUGGCUGGUUUUGGUCGCUUUAUCGAAGGUCAACUGGGACAAAAAAUUCCAAUUUCCAGAGACAAAAUUGAUGGAACCUCUCUGAAAGAUGUCAAUAUUCCAAGUGAACUCGUUCAUGCUUUUGAAACUAUUUCAGUUGGAGAUUUUCACAGUGUUUGUACCACCACUACGAACGAAGUAUUUGUCACAGGCUCUAACAUUUCCAAUCAAUUGGGGUUCUAUGAAGAUAAUAUGAGAGAGACAAGUCUAAGUGAGCCUGUGUUGACACGUUUUACGAAAUUACCUCGUCACUACACGUAUCAAGAUCUCAAUAAUAGUAAGAAUUUUCGUACUCGAGUCAGCUGUGGAAGUCUGCAUACUUUUAUUUAUUUCAUUCCACACGAGAAUGAUAAUUUGAAUAGUGUGAUGGCUCAAUUUACAAUGGGACUUUUUGCAUCGUCAGCCUUUCAAGAUGUUGACUUGAUAUGUUCUCGCAAAACAAGCAAAUACGACGAGAUUUAUCCUUCCACUCGACACCCUAACGAAGGACCAACGAAAAAGAAGAAACGUUGA